AAAAAUAACGAAAAUUCCAUUAGAAAAUAAAGUGCCCCAAAUCAGUGGUUAAUGGACUUAUCUUCCGUGGAAAAUAGGAUCAAUAUACUUCAUUAUCGGUGGAGAAUAGCCUCAGCCAAAUUCCGUGAUCUGCAGCCUCCAGAAUCGAAAGAAAACAAUAUUUCGGAAAAAUCGCCCUAAAUCUAUGAUGGUACCCUUUUGGAAUCUUCCAAAAAUUGACCCAGAAUAAAUCCUCCCAAAUCGGCACUAAAUGGACAUAAUCAUCAUUGAAGAAUAGCUUCAGGCCGAAUCCGUGAUCUGUAGCCUACCAAAUCCAAAGAAAAUGUCAUUUCGUCGACCAAAAAAUUACGAAAAUGCCAUCCGAAAAUAAAUUCGCCCAAAUCGGUGCUUAAUGGACUUAUCAUCCAUGGAGAAUAGGAUCAAUAGACUUCAUUAUCGGUGGAGAAUAGCCACGGCGCUGAUUCUAUGAUCUGCAGCCUCCAGAAUCGAAAGAAAAUGACAUUUCGGAAAAAUCGCCCGAAACCUGUUAUGGUACACCUUUGGAAUCUGCAAAGAUUGACUCGGAAUUAAUCGGCCCAAAUUGGCGCUUAAUGGGCUUAAUCAUAGUUGAAGAAUAGCCUUAUGCCGAAUCCGUGAUUUGUAGCAUUCAAAAUCCAAAGAAAUGGCCUUUCGUCGCCCAAAAAAUUACGAAAAUUCCAUCCCAAAAUAAAUUGUCCCAAAUCGGUGCUUAAUGGACUUAUCAUCCGUGGUGAAUAGGAUCAAUAUACUUCAUUAUCAGUGGAGAAUAGCCUCGGCCUGAUUUCGUGAUCUGCAGCCUCCAGAAUCGAAAGAAAAUGGCAUUUCGGAAAAAUCGCCCUAAAUCUGUGAUGGUACCCUUUGGAAUCUGCCAAAAAUUGACCCGGAGUAAAUCCUCCCACAUCGGCGCUUAAUGGACAUAAUCAUAGUUGAAGAAUAGCUUCAGGCCGAAUCUGUGAUCUGUAGCCUUCCAAAUCCAAAGAAAAUGGCCUUUCGUCGACAAAAAAAUUACGAAAAUGCCAUCCGAGAAUAAAUUGGCCAAAAUUGGUGCUUAAUGGACUUAUCUUCCGUGGAGAAUAGGAUCGAUAGACUUUAUUAUCGGUGGAGAAUAGCCCCGGUCGGAUUCCGUGAUCUGCAACCUCCAGAAUCAAAAUAAUGACAUUUAGGAAAAAUCACCUGAAAUCUGUGAUGGUACCCCUUUGGAAUCUGCCAAAAACUGACUCAAAAUAAAUCUGCUCAAAUGGGCGCUUAAUGGACAUAAUAAUCAUUGAAGAAUAGCCUCAGGCCGAAUAUGUGAUCUGUAGCCUUCAAAAUCCAAAGAAAAUGGCUUUUCGUCUACCAAAAAAUUACGAAAAUGCCAUCCCAAAAUCAAUUGUCCCAAAUUGGUGCCUAAUGGACUUAUCAUCUGUGGAGAAUAGAAUAAAUAGACUUCAUUAUCGAUAGAGAAUAGCCUCAGCAUGAUUCCGCGAUCUGCAGCCUCCAGAAUCGAAAGAAAAAGUUUUUUGGAAAAACCACCCGAAAUAUGUGAUGGUACCCCUUUGAAAUCUUCCAAAAAUUGACCCGGAAUAAAUCCGCCCAAAUCGGCGCUUAAUGGACUUAAUCAUCGUUGAAAAAUAACUUCAGGCCGAAUCCGUGAUUUGUAGUCUUCAAAAUCCAAAGAAAAUGGCCUUUCGUCGUCCAAAAAAUAACGAAAAUGCUACCCGAAAAUAAAUUGGUCCAAAUCGGUGCUUAAUGGACUUACCAUCCGUGGAGAAUAGGAUAAAUAGACUUCAUUAUCGGUGGAGAAUAGACUAGGCCUAAUUCCGUAAUCUGCAACCUCCAAAAUUGAAAGAAAUGACAUUUCUGAAAAAUCGCCCUAAAUCUGUGAUGGUACCCCUUUUGGAGUCUGCCAAAAAUUGACCCAGAAUAAAUCCGUCCAAAUCGGCGCUUAAUGGACUUAAUCAUCGUUGAAAAUAGCCUCAAGCCGAAUCCGUGAUCUGUAGCCUUAUAAAAAGAAGAUGGCCUUUCCUCGCCCAAAAAAUAACGAAAAUUCCAUCAGAAAUUAAAGUGCCCCAAUCAGUGGUUAAUGGACUUAUCUUGCGUGGAGAAUAGGAUCAAUAUACUUCAUUAUCGGUGGAGAAUAGCCUCGGCCAAAUUACGUGAUCUGCAGCCUCCAGAAUCGAAAGAAAAUAAUAUUUCGGAAAAAUCGCCUUAAAUCUGUGAUGGUACCCCUUUGGAAUCUUCCAAAAAUUGACCCGGAAUAAAUCCUCCCUAAUCGGCGCUAAAUGGAUAUAAUCAUCAUUAAAGAAUAGCUUCAGGCCUAAUCCGUGAUCCGUAGCAUACCAAAUCCAAAGAAAAUGUCAUUUCGUUGCCCAAAAAAUUACAAAAAUGUCAUCCGAAAAUAAAUUGUCCCAAAUCGGUGCUUAAUGGACUCAUCAGCCGUGGAGAAUAAGGUCAAUAGAUUUCAUUAUCGGUGGAGAAUAGCCACGGCCUGAUUCUAGGAUCUGCAGCCUCCAGAAUCAAAAGAAAAUGACAUUUCGCAAAAAUUGCCUGAAAUCUGUGAUGGUACACCUUUGGAAUCUGCAAAAAUUGACUCGGAAUAAAUCGGCCCAAAUCGGCGCUUAAUGGACUUAAUCAUCGUUGAAGAAUAGCUUCAGGCCGAAUCCGUGAUCUGUAGCAUUCAAAAUCCAAAGAAAAUGGCCUUUCGUCGCCCAAAAAAUUACGAAAAUGCCAUUUUAAAAUAAAUCGGCACAAAUCGGUGCUUAAUGGACUUAUCAUCCGUGGAGAAAAGGAUCGAUAGACUUUAUUAUCGGUGGAGAAUAGCCCCGGCCUGAUUCCGUGAUCUGCAACCUCCAGAAAUAAUGACAUUUAGGAAAAAUCACCCGAAAUCUGUGAUGGUACACCUUUGGAAUCUGCCAAAAACAGACUCAAAAUAAAUCUGCCCAAAUGGGCGCUUAAUGGACAUAAUAAUCAUUGAAGAAUUGCCUCAGGCCGAAUCUGUGAUUUGUAGCCUUCAAAAUCCAAAGAAAAUGGCUUUUCGUCGACCAAAAAAUUAUGAAAAUGCCAUCCAAAAAUCAAGUGUCCCAAAUUGGUGCCUAAUGGACUUAUCAUCCGUGGAGAAUAGAAUCAAUAGACUUCAUUAUCAGUAGAGAAUAGCCUCAGCCUGAUUCCGCGAUCUGCAGCCUAACGUCAUGCCAUAUAAGUUGUAUAAAAUGCUAGACCUAGGUGAACUUAGCCCCACUAGGAUGAGCAUUCAGCUAGCUGAUCGUUCUAUCGUGCAUCCUAGGGGUAUCAUUGAGGAUCUGCUUGUUAAAGUAGGUACAUUCACAUAUCCUGUUGAUUUUGUUAUUCUUGAUGUGCAUGAGGAUGUGGAUGUGCCUUUGAUUCUAGGUAGGCCAUUUCUUGCCACCGCCAAGGCACUUAUUGAUGUGCAUGAUGGAAAAUUGAUCUUGCGUGCUGGGAAUGAACAUGCUACUUUUUCUGUGACUGAGUUUGAUCACUGUGCUAUGAUUGCUGUCACGCCUGUGCAUGCUAUGUCUGAUCAGGUACACGAGCCUGUCGUGUACCCUUCUGCACCUCCUAUUUUGCAGGACCCUCCUAUCAUUCCUUCGCCGCCACUCCAUCCAGCCUCGCCUCCGAACAAAAAGCUCAAGGAGGAGUGGCGGCCGAAGCAGCAGGUUGCUAAGCCUGCACGGAAGAAGAGUGGAGACCACUAUGAGCUGGUCCCACCUCCUGCACCACGACCACCCUGGCCGUCUGGGUACUCGCUCUCCUGCAUCUUGCCAGAUGGGCAGGUCGAGCUGACUGAUGAGGGUGGUCGCAUCCGUCGGGUGCAAGGCCACAACCUGAAGCUGUACCUCAAGAGCGACGUGGAUCCGCUCUUGGAGGCACCUGUUCCUGCACUGCCCUGAGUAUCCACCAUGGGCGUCCAGCUACUACGACGGUAAAGAAGCGCUUGUGGGGAGGCAACCCCACCACGGUUUGAUUUUCUUUCUUGUGUUUUGAGUCGGAUUGUAAACCAGUCGGUUUUGGUUUGUUUUCUUUUGUUCUGGAUGAUGUCUUAUUGGGCUGACAUUGGACCUAACAUACUGUGUUUGAGCUCUUCUGUUCCUCUUUAGCUGUGCUUGCCCCGACUGGCCCGUUUCCAGUCUCCUGUAGCCCGUGCAUACCGGUAACAUCUUUCCCUUUCCCUUCCCUCUUCUCCAUUGAGGGCAAUGUCGAUCUUAAGUGUGGGGGGAUGUUUAUCUUUUGGCUGCAUUAGAUCUGUUUGUGUGCUUGGAGCCUAGUCCACUGUCCAAAUUUUUAAAUUUGAGGGCUCCAAGUACGUUUUUCCAUGCAAUUGCCUGCUCAGUAUGCUUUGAAUUGACAGUCUUUAUAGUAAUAUGCAACCUAGGGAGGUAGUGUAGCACUAUGGAGGAUGUUGAUGCAUUUAAGAAGUCUCAUUUCUUCUUCAUAUUGUGUUGGUGGAUUGAGUGAAUUAGUGAUCUUAGGACCCUUGAAUUGUGUGGUGUUGUGGAUUCUCUACCUGUCAUGGACUCUUGUAUCAUGUUUUGAGUUUAACAGGUGCUCGAAAAUGUGCUUCAAAAUAACGUCUCCCAUGCGAAUAGGGCGAAAGUGUGUAAGGGGAGACGGGAAUCCGUUCCCAAUUUCCACCUACUACCCCCAGCCCCCUUACAUGUCUUUCCCCCGCACGAGGCUCGAGACACCCGCUCCUGGCAUGGCCGAUAAGAGCAGGUUGGGACCCUUGAAAAGAAAAGAAAAGAAAAAUAAUAGAAAACAAGCAAAACAGAAAAAAGGGGUUCCAACCAUCUUCAAGAAGAAAAUAGAGCACCUUGAAAAAUGUGAGUCCAUGAUCCUUUGUUUUUUAGAAUCUCUUCAUCCACAAUUCAUUUGUCCUCUGUUCACUGUUUGCCAUGAUGCCGACUCGAUAAGAAGCUUUGAGAUGACUUGUGCGUCGGUUGACCUCGUAAGCUGCUAAAUGAUCUAGGAAGUCCUCUACCUACGAUCUGGGUUGUUUGUUGCUAUAGAGGUCUGGAGAGUUGCAUUGGUUUGAGUUAGGUUUGCUUGGGGACAAGCAAACGGUUAAGUGUGGGGGAGUUUGAUAGACCGUUAGUUACACAUGUUUUCACCCCUGUUCUUACACCGUUUGAGAGGUGGUUUCUCGUGUUUUAGACCGAUUUCACGCUAGGUUGUGCUUGUUUGUGAUAUUUCAGGUCCUGGCAAGUGAAUGAAGGUUUAGGAGCGAGUUCGGGGUCGAUUGGGUGAAGAUCGGGCGCGAGACAAGUCACAAAGGAGGUCACACGGGCUGCCCUGAUGUUCACACGGCCGUGUGAAGUAAUGGCCUGGCCGUGCGAGUUUUUCCGAGAGCACACACGGGCAGAGCAGAGGAUCGACACGGCCGUGCAAGUGGCCGGGUUGGCUGUGCCACAUUCUGCGAGAGCAAACACAGGCAAGAGGGGAUGUCCACACGGCCGUGCCAUUCUGGCCGUGCAAAGAGCCUGGAAUUCGAACUAAAUGAAACGAUGCGUUUUGA